AUGAUGGCAGUAAGGACAACACUAACAGCAAAUCAGCUGCCAGAUUCCUUGAAGAACCUUCGUACAGCUAUUGAACAGGCUGUACCACAUGGGCGGACCCAUCAGGUCUGUAACCUUUGGUGCCGGAAAUGAUACUGUGAAAUCAUUUAUUGCAGAAAAUAUCAAGAAAAGUUACAAAAUAUAUAUCUUUUAAUGUGAGUAAGAAGAAAAAACAAUAAAUCAAAGACUUCAACAAACUGUCACAAGAACAAUGAUGGUCACAGGUCACUGAUAUGCGCUAUUACCUGUCUUUCUCUAUAAAACGAAGUCUCUUACUUAGUGUUUGAUUUGCCAUCUAAUUGUCAUGGAACUAGUAGGAGCUAGCAUGUACACUCAACUAAUCAUGAUAGGUGAUAGCGGUAUAUAGAAAGAAACACUCAUUAUUAAACCAUUAGUCUAAGAAUCAUAAAAAAAAUGUAUGGGUCAGGGCAAAAAUGAAAAUAAUAACAAACAUGAUGAUAAUAAUGGUGAUGAUGAUGAUGAUGACAAAGUUAAUAAUAAAAUUAUUAUUUUUAGGGUCGCAAGGGUGAUGUUGGUGCAUGGAAGUCAAGUGACAUUCCACAGUUCGUCGUAAAGGAGUGGGACAAACUCAAGAAAGAGUAUGAAUACAUCUGUAGUCGACAACCGAUGGCCAAGGCACAGAAUAACAUGAAUCAUCUUGGAACAUUAGGCACUGGAAACCACUUUAUUGAGGUAAUUUGAGUAGGGAUGUGCUUUUACUUUUAUUGAUGAUGGGUUUUGUUACAGUCCCUGCUUUGGCAAUUUUUUUUUACAGAAAUUUUGACCUGUUGUGUGGUAUUUUACACCUGCAUAGACCCUUUCGCUGUUUUUUCAACUUUUGACUUGGAGAAGUAAGGGAAAAUUCCAUCGGCACUACAGGGAAGAUUUCCUUAAAAUGUAUUAGUAAAAUUGCCAAGUUUGAUGGCAAUAUGUCUUAAGUGAGCAAAGAUAUAGCUCCGCAAAGUUGCGAAAAUUAACAGAUUUUUGUAUAGUGGGGUGGUUGUCGGUGUCCCCCCCCCCCCCAUACAAAUGUCUUUAAAAUUUUNGUACCACAUGGGCGGACCCAUCAGGUCUGUAACCUUUGGUGCCGGAAAUGAUACUGUGAAAUCAUUUAUUGCAGAAAAUAUCAAGAAAAGUUACAAAAUAUAUAUCUUUUAAUGUGAGUAAGAAGAAAAAACAAUAAAUCAAAGACUUCAACAAACUGUCACAAGAACAAUGAUGGUCACAGGUCACUGAUAUGCGCUAUUACCUGUCUUUCUCUAUAAAACGAAGUCUCUUACUUAGUGUUUGAUUUGCCAUCUAAUUGUCAUGGAACUAGUAGGAGCUAGCAUGUACACUCAACUAAUCAUGAUAGGUGAUAGCGGUAUAUAGAAAGAAACACUCAUUAUUAAACCAUUAGUCUAAGAAUCAUAAAAAAAAUGUAUGGGUCAGGGCAAAAAUGAAAAUAAUAACAAACAUGAUGAUAAUAAUGGUGAUGAUGAUGAUGAUGACAAAGUUAAUAAUAAAAUUAUUAUUUUUAGGGUCGCAAGGGUGAUGUUGGUGCAUGGAAGUCAAGUGACAUUCCACAGUUCGUCGUAAAGGAGUGGGACAAACUCAAGAAAGAGUAUGAAUACAUCUGUAGUCGACAACCGAUGGCCAAGGCACAGAAUAACAUGAAUCAUCUUGGAACAUUAGGCACUGGAAACCACUUUAUUGAGGUAAUUUGAGUAGGGAUGUGCUUUUACUUUUAUUGAUGAUGGGUUUUGUUACAGUCCCUGCUUUGGCAAUUUUUUUUUACAGAAAUUUUGACCUGUUGUGUGGUAUUUUACACCUGCAUAGACCCUUUCGCUGUUUUUUCAACUUUUGACUUGGAGAAGUAAGGGAAAAUUCCAUCGGCACUACAGGGAAGAUUUCCUUAAAAUGUAUUAGUAAAAUUGCCAAGUUUGAUGGCAAUAUGUCUUAAGUGAGCAAAGAUAUAGCUCCGCAAAGUUGCGAAAAUUAACAGAUUUUUGUAUAGUGGGGUGGUUGUCGGUGUCCCCCCCCCCCCAUACAAAUGUCUAUAAAAUUUUGCGACUUUGAGGAGCUAUAUGUUGUUUACUUUUCAACAAAUCACUUUCAGAGUUGGCAAUUUUACUAAUUUAAAGGUGCUCUUUCUGGCAGAGUUGAUGAAUUUUCCCUAACUUGUCCAUGUUAAAGUUGGAAAAAAAACGUGAAAGGGUCUAGUCUAUUCAAUAAAUGAGCAGAAGUGUUUUUGAUAUCAAGUUUAUAAUGAACGCAAGGAAAUGACAAGUAGUAAUCAUCUUUAAUUACGUUACUGAUAAGGAUUGGCUUUAUUAGCUUAUAUUCAUCUCCUGUCAGUAAUCUCUGUUUCCUGGUAGGCGUGUCUUGAUGAAGAAGAUAGAGUUUGGUUUAUGUUACAUUCUGGAUCACGUGGUCCUGGCAACAGAAUCGGAACUGUGUACGUUGAACUUGCCAAGAAUGAUAUGAUGAAACUGGACAAACAAGCUAAGGUACAUGAAUGCCGAAAUUGUUGUGUGUAUUCAGUUGUGGUUGUGGUUGCUUUUGGCUGCUGUUUGGCCAUUUGAUUGCAAAGUUAAGGGAACUGUUUAAAUAGUCAUACAUGCUCCUCCAACUUAAUGCUGGAGAAAAGUGUUUGAUCAUUUACUAGUUGGUUUGUAAUGUUGACCUACUGUUGUCCAUGCAUUAUCGAUACAUACCGAUUGAGCAAAAAUUUUAUAAGAAGAAAUUUGUUGCUAUUCACCAUUCAGGCUGAUCAAGGCUUGACACUUUUCACUCCUUCAGGGUUAAUAAUUGUAGAAGCCUUAUGAGGAAAGUGUGUGAUAGUAAAUAACCAAACAAAGUGCAUUUUAGAAAUGCGCUUUUUGGAACAUGUUAAGAAGAACAGUGCGUUUGGUUUGUAUUGGUCUCUUAGCUCUGAGCUGUACUUUACUGUAUGUGCAACUCCAUAACCGUAAAGCCUACGGACAAAAGCCUGUAGGGCACUGUUUUUAGGUUCACUUCAUCAUCAUUCUGGUUCUAUAAAAACCAAGGAAAAAUGCUAUAGAAUAGUAGAUAAACUAUCAACAACAUUAAUUUGCAAAGAUUAUUCUGUUUUUGUUCAAUAGGUUGAUAAAGAUCUGGCUUACCUCAAAGAGGGCACAAAGAAUUUUGAGGAUUAUGUGUUUGCGGUGACGUGGGCACAGAAGUUUGCCCGUGUAAACCGUGAUAUCAUGAUGUCAAGUGUUCUGAAGGCAGCUCACUCUUGUAGCAGUAUUCCACAAUUUGAAGUGGACCCAUUUAGCAAGGCUGUUAACUGCCACCAUAACUAUGUGAAUUUAGAGAUGCAUUUUGGAAAAGAAGUGUUUCUUACAAGAAAAGGGGCAGUAAGUAACAAGAUACUAAAAUUUGGUGUUUUACAAAAUACUCAAAAAGUCCUUUUUUGUUGGUUCAGUGAAUGCUCACAAAAAAUUUUUGUUAGCAAAACAAACAAACAAAAGAAACAAAGAAAGCCAAAAGCAGGCCAAAAAAUAAAAGAACCAUGUUAGGAAUUUUCUGCCUGCAUUCAUUCAGUUUUUUGGGUUAUGCUUGUGUUUUUGUUCUUGUGCUAUGGUUCUUGUUAAUUCAAAUUUUCAAAUACCACGAUUAUGUCAACUACUCCAUGAUUUCAGACAUAUCAUUUAGUUACUUUUUUCGACCUUUUGAACCGGGGUACUUGCAUUUCUUGUUGCUGCAUGGUUUAGUCCAUUUAACACAAGGACUCGCCUUGUUAAAAAAUAUAUAUACUACAGUGGAACCUCGAUUUAACGAAGGGCCAAAGAAACUGGCAAAAUUUGUUCGCUAUAUCGAGGUUGUUUUUCAUAUAUUUUACCAUUACUGGGGUAAAGAAAAUCGUUCGUUAUACGGAGCACUUCGUUAUAUAGAGGUUCGUUAUAUCGAGGUUCCACUGUAUUUGCUUUGUGUUUUAGUAUGUCAGUGAUAUUAUUAAUAUUAAUAUUAUAAUUAUUAUAUGAUUAUGAUGACGAUGAUUAUUAUUAUUCCCACAAGGUUUCUGCUCGUGAUGGUGAAUUGGGCAUUAUACCAGGGUCCAUGGGAGCACGAUCCUACAUCGUCAGAGGCAAGGGAAACCCUGACUCAUUUCACAGGUAGGCGGUUGUCUAACGGACGACAGAAUUUUGGCUUUUUAUCCUAAGCAACGCGCGCCGUGAGUUUUUAACGUAAGUAAUAGCACUAAUAUCCUUCUUCUUAAAUCAUCAUCAUCAUCAUCGCCAUCCUCAUCCAUAUUAUCUUCGUCAUCACCAUUAUCAUUAUCGUCGCUGUCGUCGCCAACGCCACCCUCAGAUUCGAUUCUUGGUCAAUCAACUUCAGCGAAUACGCUUUGUCUGUGGUCGACUAAUUUGCAACCUCAGUUAAAGUUUUACCUUCCAACGUUAUAAUAGGAGGUUGAAUGCUUAAUCAUUCUCUUUUGUGGUAAUUUUCUCCUUAGUUGUAGUCACGGAGCUGGGAGGACCAUGUCGCGAACCAAAGCCAGGAAAAUGUUUUCAAUUGAAGAUCACGUGCGUGCAACAGAGGGCGUGGAAUGUCGAAAGGACGCUGGCGUCAUCGACGAAACACCAAUGGCUUACAAGGACAUUGAUGACGUCAUGGCAGCGCAGAGUGACCUCUUAGAUGUUGUUCACAGACUCAAGCAGGUGCUGUGCGUGAAGGGGUGA